CGCAUAAAAUGCUAUCGGGUAUUGAUUAAGAUAGUGAACAGCCAGAUCAACUCAGUACAAAUUCAAUCGUUGUUUUGAGCUGAGCUAACACACAUCAGCGCCGGCCAACCUUGUUGCGCAAAUUACUUAUCCUCACCUAUCGCCAUGCUUGAUAUUCGUCCACUGUCUCCUGAGCUUGCUCAAAAGGCUAGAGAAGAGCUGAAUGAAGUUCCGGAACGUUUAGAGGAGGAUAUAGCGGCGCUUCGCACAUGGUUGGCCAAGUGUCCCCAUAUCAAGGCCCGCACUGAUGAUCAAUUUCUGCUCAUGUUUUUGCGAGGUGCCAAACACAGUCUCGAGAAGGCCAAGCAGAAGCUCGACUUGUAUUACACUAUUCGAAGCGCGUUGCCUGAAUUGAUCAGGAAUCGCGACCCUUACGAUGAGAAAAUGGCUGCCCUAAUGAGAAUGGGCUCAGCUGUUCCCCUACCGUACACGGAAACUCCGUCGAGCCCAAGAAUUUUCCUUAUUCGACCAGGUGCUUAUGAUCCCGCCAAAUAUUCGAUUCAAGAUGUGUUCAAAUUUAAUGCAAUGAUGGGUGAUAUUAUGAUGAAAGAAGAUGAUAACCUAGGCGUUGCUGGUCAGAUGGGAAUUCUGGACUUAUCGAACACCACAAUGGCCCACUUCCUACAGUUUAAUCCUACUUUUGUGAAGAAGGCUACUAUGUGGUCACAAGAGGGGUCGCCAUUGCGUCUGAAAGGAUUCCAUUAUAUCAAUACUCCUACUGGAUUUGAAACCGUAUAUAAUUUGUUCAAAUCCUUCUUGAACGAGAAGAAUCGAUCACGGCUCAUAGUGCAUGGAAGCAAUAUGGAAUCGUUGUACAACUACAUCCCAAAGCGAUUGCUUCCAACCGAGUAUGGCGGUGAAGCUGGUCCACUGCAAGAUAUUAUCGACAAGUGGGUUGAAAAGAUAGAAAGUUACAGGGAUUUCUUCAAGGAGGAAGAUCAAUAUGGAACUGACGAAAAGAAGCGCCCGGGCCGGCCCAAAAAUGCAGAGUCACUUUUCGGCAUUGAAGGAUCCUUCCGUAAAUUGGAAGUCGAUUAAUUCAUUAUUGAUUCAUCAGACGGGUAUAAAAUGGUUUUAGAAAUUGAUUACUUUUGUUGAUCCGAUGAUGCUCCUAAACAAACUGUACAACAUAUCUUCA